AACUUCAACCCCUCACUCACUCCAUCUAUCUAUCAACCAAACCUCGCUCCUAACAAUCUUGCUUUCACCAUCACACUUCCCCACGCCAACCUCCAAAACCUCUCAAUUCUCUCUCUCUCUCUCUCUCUCUCUUUCUACACACACAUAUACAUAUAACAUACAUACUGCUUCAAUUACUAGGGUUAGGGUUCGAGUUUUGUUGAUUCAAACACAGAAAUGGCGACAUCCACGGCUCAGAUUCACGUUCUCGGAGGAACCGUGUUCGCAUCGUCGUCAUCGAAGCAUUCAAAUGGAAAAUCUCCGAGAACAUUGUUCUUCGGCCAUCAACGACUGACCAGCAACAACACGCCGUCGUUUCAUAUCCCCAAGCUGAAGAAGAACAACAGCAGCCGGAGAAGCGGGGGCGUUGGACCGGUGAGAGUGGUGGCGGAGAAGGUAGUAGGGAUCGAUCUCGGUACUACGAACUCGGCUGUGGCGGCGAUGGAGGGAGGCAAGCCUGUCAUCGUCACAAACUCCGAGGGGCAGCGAACGACGCCGUCUGUGGUGGCGUAUACCAAGGUUGGGGAUUUGCUUGUAGGUCAGAUUGCUAAGAGGCAAGCUGUGGUCAACUCUGAGAACACUUUCUUCUCUGUCAAGAGGUUUAUUGGGAGGAAAAUGUCUGAGGUUGAUGAGGAAGCUAAGCAGGUUUCCUACACCGUGGUUCGCGAUGAGAACGGUAAUGUUAAGCUUGAGUGCCCUGCUAUGGGCAGGCAAUUUGCUGCUGAGGAAAUCUCUGCUCAGGUUUUGAGAAAACUUGUGGAUGACGCAUCAAAAUUUUUGAACGACAAAGUUACUAAAGCGGUGGUCACAGUACCUGCGUACUUCAAUGAUUCCCAACGGACAGCGACAAAGGAUGCUGGUCGGAUUGCUGGCUUAGAAGUUUUACGAAUUAUCAAUGAGCCUACUGCUGCUUCACUGGCAUAUGGCUUUGAAAAGAAGAACAAUGAAACCAUUCUAGUAUUUGACCUUGGAGGUGGUACCUUUGAUGUUUCAGUUCUUGAGGUUGGCGAUGGAGUGUUUGAGGUGCUUUCUACUUCUGGUGAUACACAUCUGGGUGGUGAUGACUUCGACAAGAGAAUUGUAGAUUGGCUUGCUGCUAAUUUUAAGAGAGAUGAAGGCAUAGAUCUUUUGAGGGACAAACAAGCUCUUCAGCGUCUAACUGAGACAGCCGAGAAAGCAAAAAUGGAAUUGUCGUCUUUGACACAGACAAAUAUUAGUUUGCCUUUCAUUACAGCCACUGCAGAUGGCCCCAAACAUAUUGAAACCACCAUUACAAGGGCAAAGUUUGAGGAAUUAUGUUCAGAUCUGCUUGACAGGCUUAAAAGACCAGUUGAAACUGCAUUGAGGGAUGCAAAACUGGCUUUCACUGAUCUAGAUGAAGUGAUCCUUGUCGGUGGUUCAACACGUACUCCAGCUGUUCAGGAACUUGUUAGAAGAUUGACCGGAAAGGAACCCAAUGUUUCAGUAAAUCCUGAUGAAGUUGUUGCCCUUGGUGCUGCAGUUCAGGCUGGUGUUUUGUCUGGAGAUGUCAGUGACAUUGUCCUUCUCGACGUGACCCCAUUAUCUAUCGGUCUGGAAACUCUUGGUGGUGUUAUGACAAAAAUUAUCACAAGAAACACAACUUUGCCCACCUCAAAGUCAGAAGUGUUCUCAACAGCUGCUGAUGGGCAGACUAGUGUGGAGAUUAAUGUUCUCCAAGGUGAGAGAGAAUUUGUUAGGGACAACAAAUCUCUUGGCAGCUUCCGUCUGGAUGGAAUCCCACCUGCCCCACGCGGAGUUCCUCAAAUUGAAGUCAAGUUUGACAUUGAUGCAAAUGGCAUUCUCUCUGUCACUGCCGUUGAUAAAGGCACCGGGAAGAAGCAAGAUAUUACCAUUACUGGUGCAAGCACCUUGCCUGGUGAUGAGGUAGAGAGGAUGGUUAAAGAAGCCGAAAAGUUUGCCAAGGAAGACAAGGAGAAGAGAGAUGCCAUAGACACAAAGAACCAAGCAGAUUCUGUGGUGUACCAGACAGAGAAGCAGCUAAAGGAAUUGGGAGACAAGGUUCCGGCCCCAGUGAAGGAAAAGGUUGAGGCCAAACUCGGGGAGCUCAAGGAUGCAAUCUCAGGGGGAUCAACUCAGACCAUGAAGGACGCCAUGGCUGCCCUUAACCAAGAAGUCAUGCAGCUCGGCCAAUCACUCUAUAACCAGCCCGGUGCUGCUGGGCCUGGUGCUGGGCCUGCCCCAGGUGGUAGUACUGGGCCUUCAGAAUCAUCGUCAGGCAAAGGACCUGAUGGGGAUGUCAUUGAUGCAGACUUUACUGACAGCAAGUGAGAAGACAACACAGGAGAUUAAGAUCGAUGGCCAGCUGAUUUUACCCUUUCUGGUUCAAUUUCCUACUUACUGUGUGUAUAAGUGAUGAUUUUGUUAGAAUGGGAUUUGAUGCUGGGCCAUAUUUUUUCAGGAUUUUCAUUUGGAUGAGUGGGAAAAUGUUAGGAUAAUAGAUGGGGAUUAAACUGGUUUUGGGUGAUAGAUACCAUAUUGAUAUGGAAACUUGAGGGAAUCUACACCUUGAAUGAUGUUUGAUUGAUUUGAUUUGCUAAAGAUGGAAGAUAACAUGCAAUAAGAAUUUUGUUCUUCUAAAGCUUGUUUUUA